ACGCGCUAGGACAGACGAAAAAAGAAAGAAAGAUCAACGAAAUGUUCGCGUGCAGACCUCGCGAGAUGACGAUCACAGCCAUCGUCUGCCACCAUCUGCUGGUUUUAUCUUGGGAAGCUUAGCGAGCUUCGUCUCUGGUUCACCAUUUGUGUUUUGUUUUGUUUUUUGUUUUUUUUAUUUCGCUGUGCUAUAUCUCUUAAUACGGAUUUUUUUCUUCUAGUGAGUUGUUGUUGUUUUUUCCUAUCACAAUUUACAUCCUUCUUGUGAACGGCCGAUGUUUGGAGAGGGAAGAGAAUCAGCUAUUUCUGUUAUUUGUUUACUUUAAUUGCAGUUCGUCCUUAGUUAUAGUACGUGUUUUUAAUCACCACUGUGUUAUGAUUUGAAAGGUGUAUAUCUAGGCACGUGUAUCGAUUAGACCAUUGUUUCUCAUGUAAGAAGUGAUCUUUCUUACUUUAAUCUCUCUUUCAUUUUUCACCCUCCACAACUCCUCCCUAACUCUGCUUCCUCUACCCCCCCCCCAUACCACUCGUGCUCGAGUUAGGCAUGUUGCUGAUUAUCAUUCGUCAUGGACCGCGCUCCUGAGGGACUCAAAACAUAGAUCGAUGCUUCCUAUGUGUUUUAUUUAUUUAUUUUCUAGAAGCAGGAUUGCCUGAAUUCGGAUUAGAAGAAGGGUUGGUACGAAGGGCCAAGUUGAAUAUUAGUGAGCUGUGCGUGCAAAGGUGGUUGGUUUAGAGAGUACAUAUGGCCUAGUUUUAACAAAAAUGUAUAUAAAGAUAGUAUUAGAGAGUAUAAUAGCAAAACUAUAUUCUAUUUAAAUAACGAAAUUAAAGUAAAUGUAACCUAAGGUUUUGUUUUCCUUUUGUUUUCAUUGUCUAGGUUUUAGUUAUCGUGAUAUUCGUUUAAUAUAUGUCAUUUCCGGAAACCUUAGUGCUGUAGUACUUCACCACUUUGUACUGUAGUAGGCAGCUUAGCAGCCAGAUUCCUUUUUAUAAUAGUACACUAGGUUUUGAACUCAUGUAUAGAUUACAUUCACCUAACUCUAGGCUUAACAUAGUAUGUUCUUUGUCAGGUCUGAUCAACACAAACAUCAAAUCAAGGCAAUUUAGUCAUUUACCAAUAUUCGUAACCAUAGAAAUAUAUUUUUUUUUAAAGUGGCCAUAACAGGAUAGAAAAAUUAAAGUUUUUUUUUUUUUUUUUUUUUUUCAAAUUUCUCUAUGUUAAAAAAAAACAAUCAUGUAGAUCCACGUGUGUGUGUGUGUUUCAUGUGAUUUUGUUUUUGAAGAGUUCUUGUUCUUGUUUAUUUGUGUUUGCGGAUUGCCCUGAGAUGUGUUGACAUCAGGCUGGAUACAAUAAUAAGUGUGUAAUGUAUUUCAACCGAUAUUUUUCUAAGUGUGUUAUAUAAAUAUUGGACAUAGCUUUUUAUUAAUUGUUAGAUAAUAUGCUCUAAUGUGCCAAGGAUAUUUAACGUACUUCCACCUGUCUCCCCAGGUAUAACACCGCAAAUUAAUUCUUAAAUCGAACUAGCUGGCACCUACGGUUAUGUAGAUAGUUCUGUUAUUAUCCAAAUCAAAAGUUACAAGAUUAUUUAUAUCUUUUUAGUGCGGAUUGUAGCUCAUAGGAUUAUAGAUUCAUCCGUUCAGAAAAAUUAUAUUUAUGUCGAAUCAGUUCGAUUUAGAGAUGUCGCCGGCAUUUGUUUAUAUGCUAGCCCUUUACUUCACAACAUAAGUGUGUUAGCUUUACCCACUAUUUCCGUGUGUGUAGUUCAUUACUUUAAGUGAUCAAAUAAUGUUUGGUGUUCGGAUGGUCUACUGGGGAUUCUAUUGUGAUUCUCACGCCUGCUGUCAUGGAGUAGACGAGGCCAUCGCUUGAGAUUAAACACCUGAGAACUGUCCACCUGGGUGGGGAGUAUCCUGGGUCAGCCAGAGCACUGACACCCCCCAGCCCGUGAAGAUGCCGGUGAGGAGAGGUCAUGUAGCGCCGCCCAACAUCUUUAUCGACACCAUCAUCAGGAAGUUUGAUGGCCAGAACCGGAAGUUCGUCAUUGCCAACGCUCAAGUGGAGACUGUGCCGAUUAUCUUCUGCAAUGACGGCUUUUGUGAACUCACGGGCUACUCGCGAGCAGAAGUCAUGCAGAAGUCAUCCUUGUGUGACUUCCUCCACGGCCCGCUCACCAACUCCUUUGCUAUCUCCCAGAUCAAAGAGUUCCUUCAAGGCUCGGAGGAGAACCAAGUGGAAAUACUGUACUACAAGAAAGAUGGCUCCAGAUUUCUGUGCAGUGUUUUGGUGGCGCCGGUCAAGAACGAGGCUGGGGACAUCAUUAUGUUCAUUAUCAACUACGAAGACAUUACGGAGACAGCGUCCAAGAAUGAACUGAAGAAGUUCACUAACAAUCGACAUCGAAGCUUUAAGCUUCGCUUGCCCUCCAUUCGCCGGGACAUUCGAACCCGAGUGAAGGGCCCGGGUGACCGUGUCCAGCAGCAGUACGUCGAUCCUGAAAACCCACAGCCCAACGAAGAAGCCGGGGACGACCAGGUCAGGGACCCCGCUUUAGAAGCCGGAACAUCCCAGCCUCGCCUGUCGGCCCCACCAGGUGGGCCCUGCACCAGGCUGGAGGAGGAAGAUAGGAGAGCGGAGGGUAGUGUUGAGAGAGACUUGUUAAUAGCUCCGGUCAAGGACGGCGCUGAUGUGGACAGGGGGGACCAACGAGACGGAGGGGGAGGAGACUCGUCUAGCAUCAGUAAUGUGGAUGUAGCUCCUAGACUGCUGCCCAACGGCAGGCCACGCGCACACACCAUUGAUUUCACAUGUCCUACUGUUCUCAACCAUGUCAAGUCUUCGUUCGUCAACCAAGCCUCCAGCGACUCAGAGCUGCACCGUCAACGACUGCGCCAUCUGUCGGAGAGCGUGACCAACCUCGGGGAAGGCGGUAACAAGAAGGGGGACAAGGACGGCGUGACGCCACCCAGGGGGAUCAUCAUGCCCAACGUUGCCAACAUGAAGCAGAACGUCUCUGACAAGGUGGCCCAGGUUCUGUCGCUUGGAGCUGAGGUGCUGCCCGAGUACAAGCUACAAUCUCAGAGGAUCCACAGAUUCACACUUCUGCACUACUCCCCUUUCAAAGCAGUCUGGGAUUGGAUUAUCUUGUUGUUGGUCAUUUACACCGCCAUCUUUACCCCGUAUGCUGCAGCUUUCUUGCUGAGUGAGGAGAAGAAACAGAAUGAACGAUCUGCAAGCAUACACGAGCGCUACUCGGAACCUUUGACAAUAAUUGAUCUUAUCGUGGACAUCAUGUUUAUCAUCGACAUUUUCAUCAAUUUUCGCACCACGUACGUCAACAAGAAUGAUGAAGUGGUCAGCCAUCCUGGCAAGAUUGCGGUGCAUUAUUUUAAAGGCUGGUUUCUUAUUGAUGUUGUAGCCGCUAUUCCAUUUGAUCUUUUGUUAUUUGGCUCAGAGACAGAUGAGACAACAACUUUGAUUGGUCUCCUCAAGACAGCUAGAUUAUUACGCUUGGUACGUGUUGCAAGAAAGCUAGACAGAUAUUCAGAGUAUGGUGCUGCUGUGCUUCUUCUGCUCAUGGCUACCUUCGCACUUAUAGCCCAUUGGCUGGCCUGCAUUUGGUAUGCCAUUGGAAAUAUGGAGCGAAACCUGAACUUGGACAAAUCCUACCACAUGGGCUGGCUUGAUGAGUUAGCCAGACAAACCCACCAGUUUUACAAUAAAACUGACAGUAGCAGUGGACCCACUAUUAAAUCAAAAUAUGUGACUGCCUUAUAUUUCACUUUCUCAAGUCUUACAAGUGUGGGCUUUGGAAAUGUUUCUCCAAACACAAACUCUGAGAAAAUAUUUUCAAUACUUAUAAUGCUCAUAGGAUCUCUAAUGUAUGCCAGCAUCUUCGGUAAUGUUUCAGCAAUUAUUCAAAGGCUGUAUUCUGGUACAUCUCGUUACCACACACAAAUGUUACGAAUCAAAGAAUUUAUUCGCUUCCACCAGAUUCCUAAUCCAUUAAGACAGAGGCUUGAGGAAUACUUCCAGCAUGCUUGGUCUUAUACAAAUGGCAUAGAUAUGAAUAUGGUAUUAAAAAGUUUUCCUGAGUGUAUACAAGCUGAUGUAUGUUUGCAUUUAAACAGAAAUUUGCUUCAGAAUUGUCCUGCAUUUAAAAGUGCUAGUCCAGGGUGUCUGAGGACACUGUCUAUGAAAUUUAAGACAACUCAUGUCCCUCCAGGUGAUACACUAGUCCACAGAGGAGACAUUCUCUCAGCCUUAUAUUUUAUUUCAAGAGGUUCUAUAGAAAUUCUUAAAGAUGAUAUUGUUGUUGCUAUAUUAGGUAAAGAUGAUGUUUUUGGUGAAAAUUUAUGCAAGUAUGAAACUGUUGGGAAAUCCAGUUGUAAUGUGAGAGCCUUGACCUACUGCGACUUGCACAAGAUUCAUAGAAGUGAUCUGCUAGAAAUUCUUGACAUGUACCCUGAAUUCUCUGAAGAAUUCAAAAAAAACCUUGAGGUUACAUUUGAUCUUAGAGAUGUAAACUGUAUGGUUCGUAUGCAUCAGAAUGAUAUAAGCUCCAGGAGAAAUUCCAGAUUUAGAAGAUCCUUAAAGUCAGCUCCGUUCUUAUCAGCCUUUCACUCGGAUUCUCAGGAGUUGCCAGAAGAUAUCCCUGUAAUGUCAACAGCAGUAACAUAUGUCACCACAGAAGAUGUUCCCUUAAACAGUCAACAUAUCUGGGAAGAUUCACAUGGUACUAAUGUUUUCCGGCCAACACGUUUACAGAAGAGACAAUCCAAGGAUGAGCCAGCACAUACAUCUUUGGAUUACAACAGUGAUGAUGAGAUACGGGAAAGUGGUGGAGGCAUACUAGAAUUUUCACCUGCUAAGGCUGGACUUGAUAUGACCCCUGCCAACUUUGACUUUGAAAUUAAAGAUGAUAAAAAAAGAACUACUACAGGGCUUUCAAGUUUGGCAGCUGGAGCAUUAUCCAGUGUGUCGAAUACAUUGAUGAAUGUUGUAGCCAACCGUUAUGAUGGAGGGAAAAGAAACCAGGAGCUGGCACCUUUACUGCAAGAUCAGAAUGCAAGCCCAGAAGCUCAUGCUAAAGGGGCAUCUAUAGGCUCUGUACCUAAGUCCACAUCCAGCAUGACUCUACCAGUGUCCAGUACGUCCAGUUAUUCCCAAUAUGAUGAGCAUGGACAGAUGGUAGUUAUCCUGCCAAGUGGUAUGCCAGGGGAAGUGUCUGAUGUUUUCCCCUCAUCCCCCCUUGAUGUUGAGAGAAGACUUAAUGAGCUUUCAAAGCAACUGACUCGUUUAGAGCACAAAAUGAGCUCAGAUAUUGCUCUAAUUCUGCAUGUACUCCAGUCGCAGGGGCGAAGUCAUUUCACAGCUCUUUCCUCUGCACCACCGCCACCACCCCCUCCUAGAAUGGCAGAUUCUGAAACAUUCCCAAGUCCACCUGGUGGUGAUCUAAAUGUUUAUGAUUAUCCAUCCCCUCCACAUACUUUCCCACCCCCACCACUUUCUGAGAUGACUAUGUUGGCAGGAAGCCCAGAAGCAUCAUGGUUGCCUCAUCCUUACUCUGUACCAGAUACUGUUACAUACCCUUCCUCUUCCUCCUCCAGUAGCCAUUCCUGCCAAACCUCUCAACCACUUUACCCGGAUCCCUUGUCUCCCUCCGGCCUUGCCAAGGCACUGCCUCAGUCCAGUUUAUAUGGCUCCUCUUCAACUUCCUCCACAGUAUCAGUAGUCAGCCAAUCUAUACCUCUAGACAGUAGCCACAUGGCAGACUUGAACCUCCGACAAUCUGAUAUAGCUUCUGAAAGUGUGCCUAAAUCAGCUUUUGAGGAAGAGUCUUCAACAGGGAGCUCCUCCUCAUUGCAAGAUUGUCAGCUUCCUCUUCCCUAUCAAGAUCCCCACACAACUGUGGUAGGCUUGGGAGAUGCAAUGUCAUUAGAGCAGCGAAAAAGAUUAGGACCAUCAGAUGAUUCAGAUGACUUUAAAGACACCUUAGUGUGAUCUUGAAUCUUUUAAAUACCCAGUUUCUAAUUGUGGAAUUCUGCAUUUGUAGAGUGAGUUCCCUCCUUUUUUAAAUUUUAUGCUAGUGUGAUUAACAUUUUGAAAAAAGCCUUUAUAUAUAUACAUAUAUAUUAUUUUUAUCCAAUAAUAAUAAUGACUCAGUGCAUUAAAUGUGUGCAGAAGUUAAAGAUAAUACAUGAUUGAAAUUUGUUUAAGGAUGUGUCUAAAGUUAAUAAUAUAAUAUUGAGCAACAGAGCAAUGCAGCAAUAUUUUGUUUAUUUAUGAUGAACUAUAAAAGAACAAGUUUAUAAAUGUAAACACAAACAUACACACUCAAAUUGUUUUCUGCAUAUUAAUGUUAUUACAAAUGCUAGCUAAGAAAUGUACUGAAUGUUAACAAUGUGAUAUUCUGAUAUUGUUAAACUGUUUCAUUUUGCUUGUUUAUUUUUAAGACUAGAUUCUAUCUGUUUAUACAUGUUAUCUAAAAUAUUUUGAUCAUUAAGCAAGAUAAUUUAACCAUCUUAACUGAAAUUUGAGAUAUAAAAUGUAUGAUGUAGUACAAACUUAUAUAUAUAUCUUAAAACUUAAGUAAAAAAAAAAUUCUUAUCUGAAAAUUUGAAAUCAAAGAAAUGCUAAUGUUAAGAAAAUAUUGAAUGGAAUUUGUUUCUAUAGAUACUCUGUUUGGUUGUUGACUUCAUUAGUAUAUCUAAUAUAAUGAACCUUAUUUUGUUGUUGUCAAGUCUUAAAAUGUAGAAAUAAACUAUUAUUUUUUGUAGAGAUUUAAAAGAAAACUGAAUAUGCUUGGUGAAUCAAUAGUCUUGUUAUUUUCUAACCAAUAAACAACUUAGCCUUAUCCUAUUUAAUAUUAAAAUGUAAAAAAUAAAUAUUGAAAUGUUAAAGAGGCAAACUUUGAAAUAAUACUUCUGAAAGCACAGACAGUAUUUUUAUGUCAUAAAACACUUUUGAUGUUAAAUAUUUUUUUUACUAGUUAUUUAUGAUCAAAAAAGAUUUCACUUGAACAUUUUAUAAUGAAAGGACUACUACUAUGAUGCUCUGUCUGGCAAGUAUUCAGAUUUGUAAAUUUAUAUGGCCUCCAAACAUUUAAGAGAUCAAGAUUGUUAGUGGUGUUUUUAGUGUAAUAGCAUGAUAGUCAUUGUAUGUUAGUGCAUAAGUUGUACUUAUAGUUUUCAAUAAUUUAAUGAAUGUUGCAUAUUUUUUUUAUCAAGUCUACUCUAUUUCUAUACAGUAAAAGCCUCUGUUCAGAAAGUGUAGUUUAAUUUUUUUGUUUGUUUGACCUGAGUACACAGCCAUUCUUACCACAGUUGCCAAACUGAGCUAAUAUUGAGCUAAGAAGUAACAUACACAAAAAAAAGUUGUUUUCUUUUAAUUAAUUUUUCCUCCUUGAUGUUGGUCUAAAACAUCUCAUUUUAUUUAUUUCUUGUAAUGCUUCAUUAUUUUAAAAAGUCUUUCCAGUGAGCUUUGCACAAUCUAAUUCUUCUAUUAACUGCCCAGCUAAUAAUUUUACAAGAGUAUGUGGAAAGUCUACAUAAUAUAGUGCAUAAAAUGUUCAUGUAGAUCUAUUUAUUUAGUCAACCCUUUUCUGAAUUAAAAAAAUUUGGUUUGAGGAAGUCAAAAAAAAAUAAAAAAUGAUGUAAGCCAAAUUUAAUUUUAAGAUGAGAAUAUUUAGAAAAAUUAGAACUGUUAAACCAGUGUUCACUGUGUGGCCUAUUAGCUGAUGUACUUUAUUUUCCUAAAGAUAUACAUAAACUGUCAAAUUUGUAGGAAAAUUGUUAGAGCCAUUUUUGAAAUACUCAUAAACCCAUCCAGUUGAUAACUAUAGCUAAUAGGAGGAAUUGUACAAAUACUUUGGCUAAUGCAUCUCACAAUAGAUAACAAUUUGGGAAAAAGCAUGGAAACAAAAGAAUCAACAUUUUUUUUUUUAAAUCUGUUAUAAUGAGCUGUAAAGAUCCUUGCAGAGUAAGACUUUCAAUGAGGUAAUUGUACAAUGGCUGCGAAUCAGCUCCAGUUUUGUCUUAAUGCCUGAAUGGUUUGUUGUUACCUGGUUUAAGUUUAAUUUUUUCUAUACAAUUAUAGUUCAAUAAUGAUUUUUUUUUUUCACAACUAAGGGCUUUCUGUUGAGAUGCAUUGUUUUUUUUUUUCUUAAAAUCAUAAAUUAUUAACCAUUUCAGCAAAUGAACAUUGAACGUAUAAUAAUGAUCAGAAAAGGUCACAGACUUGCUAUUUAAUUAGAAUGCUGUACAUAGGUGUAUCACUUUGCAUUUACUUAUACAUAAGUUAUUCAUUAGCUGAAUCACAGAAACUUUAUUACUAUAAACAUGUAAUCUUCAGAUGUAUUUAUUUAUGCCUAUGUAAUUUGUGAUAGUUGUUUUCAUCUGUAAAGUGAUAAAUAACAAUUUAAAUAUUUAGAGUUAAGUGUUAUGCAGUCCAUUUGUCAGUACAGUUUUAACAUAAUUUAUGAAACCUUUUUGAUUUAGAUCUCUAACCUUUUGAUACAACAAUUCGUUUCAUGUGGGCAAAAAUAUGUUAUUUUAAUAUCUACAAAUCAAGAGAGUGAAAGUAAUGAAAAGUUGUGUCUUGUAGAUAAGAAUUAUUUUGCUCUAUUUCCAUAAUAUCCCUUUCCCUGCUUAUGAAAACCAAUUCAACGUAAUUAUAAAUUCAGACACUUAAGUGAAUCUAUGCACAUUUAAUAUGGUAAUAAUGUCAUUUUUAACUAUCUAACAGUAUCAUUCUAAUUUACCAUGCUCAUUUUUUUUCCAACUCAGUAGUUGAUUUUUUAAAAACGAGGAGUAGAUUCAUAAUUUACAUUAGAAUCUGCCUAAGCAUGGCAAUGUUAGAAUUUUAAAAAAUGAUAAUAAUAAUACAUUCUGGGCCCUUAACUUUUUGUUUUUCACUUAAUCUGGUGAAUCAAUCUGCUACAUAGUGCUUUAUGUUGGAUUUGUUAUUCAUUUUAUGUGAAUGUUUUUGUUACCUUCUAGAAUUGCUGCUCAUAGAAUAUUUUUUUUAGACUUUAGUAAUUAGUUUAAAAUAAUCUUUAAAGACAACAUAAUUGACUAACUCUAUACUACUUAUCAUUAGUUAUGAUAUUGUUACAGGUUGAUGCUUCCCUGAUUUGUUAAAUACGACUACUAUUUUUUAAAAUAAUAUCUAAUUGUCCAUCAUCACAACUGUUAAGUUUUUACUAAUUUAGUGUUAAUUUGGGACCAUCCAAACCAAAUAAAAUAAAUAAGCAGUCUGUUUUUUUUUUGUUUUGUUUUUUGAACUACCAUAAACUUUUUAGAUUGCUGCCUUUAAGAUAAUGACUUUGUUUCUGGAUCAGUCUAUCUAUGUUCACAUGAUUUCUUACCAAGAGAACUAAAAGCCUUGGUUGGUUGCUUUGAUAAUUAGAUAGCUUUCUCUUUUAAUGAAAUACAAAAAUGAUGUAGAAAUUAUUGAUCUUAGCUGGCAGCUGUUGAGAAAGUCAUGGUAGACUAUUGUUUAUUAGUUUUUUAAGUAUUUAAAGAAAUAGUUUUUUUUAUUCUAAAAUAAACCAGGCAAAAACAAAAAUGAACAUUCCAUUUCCAACCAAAGCAGUCAUUCUCCAAGUGUAGUUAUUGAAUUGAUAUGUGCAUGUGAUUCAAAUCUCAGAAGUUUUGCAUUAUAAUGUUAACAUACAUCUCUUUCAUAUGUUUACAUAUAUAAAAGAAUUAUAUUUAUUACAUUUUUUUACACACUCUACUAAAUCGGAUUCUAUUGUCUUAAUUCUAUAUCAAAUCAAAAAUAGUUUUAAAAUACAUUUUGAAAUGUUAAGUUUAAUUUUGUCGGAUAAUUAUAAUAAAUGUUGGUUCAAAUAGAUUUGAUUAAUUUUACAUUGUGUCAUUUCACUUUGCUAGCAUAACUUGAAGCGAUGUACAGUACAAUGUUUGUUUUUCAAACUUACAUUUCAAAAAGUAAUAGCAUAUCUCCUGCUUUUUUUUUUUUUUAAAUCUAAUAGUAUAAACAAAAAUUAAACAUUUUCCUAAUUUUAGGAUGUGUUUUGAUGUCAUCCAAUUUUCAAAAGAUUUACAAUUUGAAGAACAAUGUAAUUUUUUUCUACAUGCAAUUGAAUUCUUUAGUUUGCUUAGACAUAAGCCAUUUUUGUCACUAAAAAUACACUUUUAAAAUAUUAGUUUUGGCUAUCUGAUGAAAACUAUUUGUAAAUAGAAAAAUUCUACAUUUAUUUAUUGAAACUUUAAAACUAAAUUAUUGUGUAUUGAUUUACACAGAUUUAAGUUCUCAGAAGUCACCAAUUCUUUACAAUAUAUCUCUAGUUUGAAUUAAAUGUAUCUAUUAUUUUAAGGCUUAGUAUAUUAAUUAAAGCGCUCCCAGACAGUUUUAUGAAAGUAGCCAGAUCUAAAGGUGUUAGAAUAACAAAAUAUGUUUGAGCUAACAUUGUUUUCAUUGUAAAUGUUCUCCACAAACUAUACAACGCAGUGCAUCCUUUUGAUUUUGGAUGUGAUGGAGUUGUGUGUGUAUGAUCAAAGCAUUGUCUAUAUUUCUGUUUAGCUAGUCAAAGAAAAAGAAGAUAUUUUAGGUUUAAAUGUCUACAUGUUAAUGCACUAAGUCUUUAUCCAGGCAGCUGAUUCAAGUUGUAUUAGAUCAAUGUUAAGUACUUGACUAAUAUUUCUAUUAGGCUUUCUCGUUUGUUUCUUUAUAACAUUUUUUCUUUAUGCUCAUUUGUUUUCUCCUUGAGUGAUUAGCAGUUGGGUUUUUUUUUAUUGGUAACAACUAUGCUAGGGAAGAGAGUAACUACUACUACUGUUUUUAGGGAGUUGAAAUGUAUUAAGGUUUGAAAAAAGAACUGAAAGGUAGAUACUAUUUACUUCCAUUGUUUGAAUGGAUUUAAAACUGCAUUUAAUUAGCUAAGGAUAAAGCUGAGAUAUGUGUACCAUGAAGCUGAUAAAAAAAAAUAUGUAUUUAUUGCAAUUGAAAUGAUAUAUUGUGGCCAAGAAGUAGAGAACUUGUCUGCCAAUGUGAGGGUCUUGAGUUAGAAUUGUAAAGGUUGAGCUUCAUAUUCUGGUUUGUGGGACACAUUGAAUCCACCCAGCUCUAAUGGCUACUUAAAUC